AAAAAUCCUCUCUAUUCUACUGAAGGUUCAGUAAAUGUCAGGAGACUGAAGACUAAGCUUCACAGCACCAUUCACACACUGUGUAUCUCAGAUAGGACUGGAGCAGAAGGCAGGUAGUGUACUUGGAAAUACAGAAACUUCAAGAGCAUCCUGGGUACCAGGGACACCACCCUCUGAACUCCCAUCCUCCAUUAUUAGUCCACUAUGGGCCAGACAAGCAGCAGACCAACCAACCCCCAGAACUCCAACUUAUCUUUAAAGCCGCCCCCCCCCCAUCUCCAACGAACAGAACAUGGCCCCUCGACCAAGCAUCUUCUCCACAUUAAGAAGGCCCCUCAUCACCAAAACGAAUGAUUUCAUACCGCUAUUCAAUGAUUGCAUCUCUGCCGCUGCAUCCAGAACACGAGAAUACCUCCUUUUCAAAGACCCAGAGGACAAGUUCCAAGCAAGCUCUGAGGUGCUCACCCAGGUCUUCCUAAUGACCUACAUCUCUCAGAGUGUCAGCCUGAACAUGACAGACAGAUUCAACUGCACGGCCAUGACGCCUGAGCAACGCAUCCUCUUAGGGCCUGACUGGGUCUGGGCCAUGCUUGAGAAGCCCACCAAGAACCCUCGGAUCCAGAUCGCUGUGCAGGUCCUACACCUCCCUGACAGGGAGGCUGCUGAGGAGAACAACAUCCCCCAAGAGGCCUGCACCGAGUCCAUCCAGAUUGCGCAAAAGGAGUCCAGUAACAAGACCACAUACGAGAGACUGGUGGACUUCUGCACAUCCAUCGGCAAGGACUGCUACGCCCUCUUCUUGUUCUUGGGAAAGAAAAACGACAAGGGGAAUAUCUACGGAGUCCUCAGCAACAACUUUGAGGCUGCAAUCGGAAAGUGCAACAAGAUUGACAGAGCUUUUAUCGAAAACUUCUUCAAAGGCUCAAGGCGCUUCUUGUCUCUGGAGUGGAAAUGUCACAGGGUCAGCAGCUCCUGCAGCGUUCGGACCUGCUGGCUGGCGAUGGCCGACUUCAGGCAGACUGGAAAUCACCUGAAGAAGAGGCUGGAUGGGUACGGGGGGAUGUCAAUGUAACCGGACGUCCCGCGGCGCAGACGGCUGCAAGAUUGUUUUAUUCCAGCUAUUCAACAAUGUAUUUUUGCACAAAUCAAAUCAAGUUUUAUUUAUAUAGCACAUUUAUAAACAAUCUUUGGUCGAGCCAAAGUGCUGUACAUAUAAUAAAAAUAGCCUACAGUAGAGACACUUUACAGCAAAUACAACAGCACAGAUUGUUCAGAAUAUCAGUAUGAGAAAAAACGACACCCUCUAUCCUUAGAGAGUGCAGAAAACAUUCACGUGUCUGAAAGGAGGACCCAGGGCGCGAUUCGGAGGCUUUUCUUCACAAUCUCAAGACCUCAAGACGCAUCAAGGAGCGAGCUGGGUGAAGAAGACGACACCAAUAACAAGGUGUUGAAUGAAGCAAUUGACUUUUUCAGUACUCAGCAUUUCUUUAAAGUAAAAAUGGGGACCUACUAUGCAAAACGAUCUGUGUAUAUUGAUCAGAAUUUAGUCAAUACCCGUUUAGGUGUUGUGAUUAUGACGAUUGAAAACAGUGAUCCCAGUGUGAACAGAAUGGCUGAAGUUUGUAAACUAGAAGAAAUGUUGGAUAUGGUUCGUUCUCCCAGUAAUCUGGGUCUUUGGGAAACGAUUGUGAACAAAACAUUUGACGUGGUCCUGGAAUCUUCAUUUUCCGAAACUUUCUGUAACAUUACCGAAGAAAUGAAACAAGAAAAUGUAACAAAAGUGUAUCAUCUGCUCGCAUUGUAUGCACUGUUUGUAGAUGUUAUGACUCUUUGUGCCAAAAACAGCAUACACAUGAAUACUUUGAAUGAAGUGAAAAAACUGCAUUAUGAUAUUUCCCAUAAUCUGGGGAAUUCUAUGCUGGAGACGAUCUUGGAGAUGUUACAAUCAGUAUAACUGUAUUAUUGAU